AUGCAGUUCAAGAGUUUAGCAGUAUCAUCAGUUUUGGCGUCGGCAGGUACUUUGGUAUCGGCGGAGGAGAAUCCAUCCAGCUGGACGUCGUUGUCGGCGACGGCGACGUACAAGUGUGGUGCCACUGAUUACGCAAGUACUUUUGGUAUCGGUGUCGUUCCUCUGGCCACGUCCAGUGCGUCUGCUGCGGCGCCUCCAGCCAAGAGGUCUGUGAUUUCGCAGAUUGGAGACGGCCAGAUCCAGGCGACGUACGAGCCUGCGGCGCCUGCGCCAACGCCAAGCACCACGACGUUGAGUUCGGUUGGUUCGUCUGCGAGCAGCUGUGCUCCUUUGGCCUCUGUUAGUGCUGUUGCCUGCAAGCAGGACGGUACUUUGCAGAUCACCUUGAAGGACGGUGUUUUGUACGACUCGCAUGGCAGAAUUGGUUCGAUUGUGGCCAACAGACAGUUCCAAUUCGACGGUCCUCCUCCUCAAGCCGGUACUAUCUUUGCUAAGGGCUGGUCUUUGACCCCAGAAGGUAACUUGGCUCUCGGUGACAGCGACGUAUUCUACAGGUGUCUGUCCGGUAACUUUUACAAUUUGUACGAUGAGCACAUUGCUGAACAGUGUUCUGCCAUCAAGUUGCAGGCUAUCGACUUGGCCCAAUGUUAG